AUGGCGCUCGAGGAGCGCGUGCUGGUGCUCGAUGGUUUCGUGCCCGAUCCGGUUGCAACUCCUGCGCCCAAACGCGAGUUCCAUCGCAAAGUGCGCUCGGGCUGCGCCACAUGCAAGAAACGGCGCGUCAAGUGUGAUGAAGGGAGGCCAACGUGUUUGCGGUGUCGAGCAUCUGGCAAACGGUGUCUUGGCUAUGGCCUGAACGAUGUCUACGCCUCCGAGAAGUCGACUUCGGUGGAGCCGAGCUCGUUGACAUCCUCAACUAAAGAAGCUGGCAACAACGAUGAAGAAGUCGUCACGGAAUCAGUCAAUACGGGUGCUGAUGGUGUUGACAUGAUAUUUACGAUGCCUAGGCGGCAACAGGACGCGGCAAUACCCGACUUCAGCGACAUAUCUGCCUCAUCCAGUAUCGUGCCACCCCCCGACGGCAAGUUCAAGUCGUCGCUAGAGAAGUACUCCCAUGAUUUCUUCCGGUAUUGGCUAGCCCGAUACGCCUCGCCACGAGCCGCCACAGCGCCUGAUCUGUGGACAGUCUAUUUCCCACAGGUAGCCCACAGCGUCCCAGCGGUCAACGACGCCAUCAUCGCAUGUGGUGUCUUGGGCACGGCCAUCCGACGCAAGUGUUCACCAUCAGACUACGAAGUCGCGCGCUUGGCAUCGCUUCAACACCUCAACGCCUCCAUCGGCCAUCUCGUCAAGCAGCAGCACCCCCCAACCGUGAUGGUUAUGGUCGCAUUCCUGCUCUGGCAAGCAGACAUGGUCCAAGGCAACUUCUCAACCUCCUGGCUGCACGUCGACAGCGCGCUCAGGAUCUCGGGUGGUCUCAUCGGCCAGACACCUGACGAAAUGGCUGUGCUGCAGUUGGCCCGAGAUGCGGCCAAAAGCAAUGCUCAUACAGGCGUCCUCGAGCAAAGAUUCGCCCACAUCUUCGACGCUGGCAAAUCCGCGCCCCAGAGGAAGGCCGCUAGCUUGUCUUUGGCCCGCAAGACCCUAAAUGAAGUCAUCAUUGCGCAACUCAAGCUCGCGUUUCAAACUCCAAAUACGCCGCUCACGAAUGGGGAGAAGCAGGUGCUGUUGAGCAGUCUUCGGAAACUGCGCAGGGAGCUCGAGUGGCUCAUCGAUAGGUGGAGUGUCGAAGUAACCGACGAAGAUGGCACGGCGAUCGAGCACUCGCUGCUGUCACCGUACCUUGAGAACGUUUCUUCCGGGCAGUACACCAUUGAGAUGUUGUGCAUCGAAUUCGCUCGCACGCUUCCCAUCUUUCUGGCAAGGAUGGCAAGGGAGGAUCUGGAAUUGCGGCAGCUCUCGGUCGAGUUCAUUGAGGAUAUGAGUUUGCAUUGGCAUCAGCAGGACUGA